AGUUCUAAACAUGAUUUUGUUUAUAUCCAUUUAUGAUUUAGGUGUAUGGUUUAGAGGGGUCUAGUACGGUAGGUGAGAUAGCGAAUAACAAAUAUGGCUGAACGGGAUAGUGGAGAAGAAGAUGGACGUGGUAUGCAGCAAAGAGGAUAUGGUCAUCGUCAGCAGAUGGACACAGAGGAGCUCGCAUCCAAAAUGGUUUUGAUACAGAACAAGCGUUUCUAUCUGGAUGUGAAGAAAAACAACAGAGGUCGUUUCAUCAAAAUUGCUGAGGUGACUCCUGGUGGAAACAAAAACAGAUUAACUUUGUCAAUGCCGAUAGCAACAGAGUUCAGAAAUCUUCUUGGAGAUUUUAUUGAGCAUUAUGCUCAACUUGGACCUACUGAUCCAGACCAUCUGCAGCAGGAAGAUAUAAAUAAACCCUUGAAAACUGAGCGAAUCAUUCGUGAAAACAAGAGGUACUUUCUGGAUCUGAAAGAGAAUAAAAGGGGACGUUACCUUAGAGUGCGGCAACAACAGGCAUUUGGAAUGAUGGGUCCUGGACAGCAUCAACCACCUCCGCAGAUUGCUUUGCCAGCUCAAGGUAUGAUUGAGUUUCGUGAUGCAUUGACUGGUGUAAUAGAUGAGUAUGGACAAGAAGAGGCAGACGUUGCUCCACUGCCAAGCAGUACUAUGAUUGGUGAUCGCAGAUCCAAACAAUUUUUUAUGGACAUUGGACAGAAUCAGAGAGGUGUUUAUGUUCGUGUUACUGAGCAGACACGGUAUUUUAGAUCAGCAAUAACCAUCCCUGAACGUUAUUGGAGCGAAUUUUCGAGAUUUUUUGCUGAUGCUGAGGAUCAGUUGAAAAAUCCCUCUGCUGGUGAUGCACCGUCUGGUACUGGAGAUGGAUCGGAAGGCGAAGAGGGGUUGGAGGUCACUGGCCAGAGAAGACGAGGAUAUGAAUACGAUGAAGAUGACGAGAGCGGACAGAAGAAGGACUGAUGCUGUGCAUACAUGUCCUAUUUGAAUGAUAAAGAUUGACUUCAUCGAAAAUUUGAUUGACUGAUUUUUGACUAAAAAUGUAUGUGCGUAUGUUGAUCUUUUCGUCACCGUAGACAUCUAGUAGAAAAUCGUGGCUGUUCUGACCAAGUCUUUUCAGUUUCUGGCUUACUGUAGCGGCAGUUUUUGAAGUAGAGAGGUGUCUUUACUCAUUCUAUUAUUAUUGAAUGUACUAGUAGAGGAAUAGUAUAUAAAAAAUAAAAUAUAACUAGUAAAUAUGGUACUUUUUGAUUUGGGAUAGCAAUUCGUAUAUUGCUAUGCUCGGUAUGAAUAAAUGUUUUGUCAUUAAGGAUGUCUACUGGAAAAAAUUGAAUUGGUGUAAACAGAUUGUUAUUGUUUGACCUUAAAAAUUUAAUACCAGCUGAUAAUGCGUCAUAUAAUUAUUUUAUAUUAAAUUUGAUUUAUAACAUUGGCACCUACUUAAUAACAUAUCAGAUAAAAUGCUUGGAAGUAUUUUCAGAAUCUGUAGACAUCCUUUAUGGCAUGGUCAGAAUUUGUUUUUUCUAUACAUCUGUCAUACAUGGGGUAUAUAUAUCAUUUGCAUGCUCUAUUGUUGACUUGUGCAAGAUAAAACAUCAUUGACUAUAUGGAAUUCUUUGGGUAUUGGUAUUUACUUUCAGGAUUGUGUAUUGUAUUAUGCUGGGUUCCCAAAAUACUCAACAUUUCAUUAUUUGUGAUUUGCUGAUGAUAUAGAGUGAAAAAACUUUAUUUUAAUAUGGAAGAUGAUGGCUGACUUUUAUUUCGCCAUCUUAAAUGUUCAUUAUUAUUAUUCCCUAACUUAUUUAUAUAGAAAAAAAACUACAAAAAUAUUUUUCAACAAAAUGUAUUUAUGUACUAUUUAAAUUAGACAAUUGUUAAUAUAAGAUAGACAAUUUGGCAGGAUUUACCCCCCCCCCUCAGAAAAAUUAUUUGUUUGACAACUGCCCUUCAAUGCCAAACUGAAACAGCAUUUUAAUUUUUAAUUUUUGAAUUCGGAAACAAAAUUUUUACCAGUCAGUCUUCAUCAACAAAUAUCGCUUUUGUGUUUCAUAUCUUUUAGCUUUAAAGUCACUACUACUAGCUAUAGAUUCUAUAUUCAAUAUAUGUUUUUGUGUUCUAUUGGUUUGAUUAUAUUAUAUUCUCAACACAUGCCUGUCACAUCAUUAUAUUAUGUGUGUUUAUUUUAUCUUAUGACAAUUGCUCUUUGAUAAUUAGCCCAAAAUUUCAAAUCGAGUUACACUCGCUUUUCAUUCGUGUGAAGUUCCCAAUUUGUACUCUCUCAUUUUUCUCAUAGCCUUCGAGAUAUUUGAUUUAGUUUUCCUUUUGCCCGCCAAAUAAAUUUUGUGCCAUUUAGUAACAAGACAAUUUUCGGAGAAUUUUCGAGCAAUUUCAAUUUUGGCAAAUUAAUUUGAAAGAGUAAAAAUUAAGAUUUCACUGUGGUGAUUGUAAUUUGAAGCAAGACCCGAGAUUGUACGUUCAUUUAGGUAAAUUCAAAUAAGUUUCAUUCAAAACGAUCAUAACUCAAAAUUGAAUUCAAAGUUUGUUGUUUUUUAUUUAGUAAGCUACCCUGUAGUAACUCUUCAUAUAAAAAUAUUAUAGGUUUAAAUAAAUAUAAAGUUUUUUAUAGAUUAUUAAUAGGAAGCAAAUUUCACAGAUUUGAAAAAGAAAUAAAGUUCCACGGUACUCAGAAGUUCAAAUUUGAAUCCCUUCCCUUAGUUCCUUCCCUAGAAGAAGAUUAGGUUCUUGGUAAUUACUGAAAGGGUAAAAAGAGCGGUAUAGCCACCGAGAAAAAUGGCGUCUAGAAUAGUGUGCUUUGUAGAUUGGGGUUGAAGUUAACUUCGGCUUCAUGCCUACCCAAAAUCCUAGUCUUGGACAAGAGCAAAACAUGGUUUUAUAUAUACCAUUGUUGGAAAGUAUUUUAACCCAAAAAGUUGAAGUGAUUGCUAUGUCGUAAUACCUGACAAUUAUCUCAUCCCCUUUUCGCAGCAAUUACCGACACUGAAACUCGAAACAAAAUUUUGGUUUAAUAUUCAAUAUUUUUCAACAAAAUUGAUUUCUUAUUAAAUACAGAGUAAUCUUGGGUAAAAAAUUUAAAACAUGAAAUUUUGGAAUUUUUUUAACAGAUAUUUAAUGGCAAAAACAUACCAUAUGAAGAUUUAAUAUAUUCCCUGCCAAUUUGUUAUCACACUUUAUUUGAAAUACAUGCCAUCCUCAAAGUUCCUAUAGUUAUAUUGUAGCUUUAUUAUUUAUUCCAAUGAUAAUUUUUGAUAAGCAUCAUAAGGUAAUUAUUCACUGCAAAGCGACACAGGUUAAAUGUGAAACGCACAAGUCUCUCUGUGUUGUAAUACGCAAUCAUUUUAACCACACUAGCCGUAAUGAUAUAUCCAGUUUGUGCUCUAAUCCCCAUUGUUAUUAUCUGUAUAUUACUAACUAUGUAUUAGUUUUGGUUUUCAAUUGUGUUGGAUUGUCAAAAUUAGUCUUGACUUCUCCUGUCUAACUUUGACAAGGAAUGGAUGGAAUUAGUAACCGGUUUUGAAAGGUUGUUCAUUUUUGAGCGGGUAUUAUAAUUAACGAUGGUAUUUGCUUUGGGUUAAGGUAAUGAUGGUGCAUGGAUGCUUAUGUCGGGGUAGAUUUUGAAAGGUUGACAAUGGUGGAGUAUUUGAUUUGUAUUUUCUGCCAGUUUGUUCAUGGUAUUCCAGGGUUUGUUUUUUUACAUGUUUGAAACUUUGGUGGAGAUUUUUGGAUGGUCAACUGUCAACGUUCAGCUUAGUGAAUUGAGCCCGAAACAAAGAUCCUGGUGCAUUUCACAAACUGGCUCUGUUCGCUUGUUCAUUCUUUUGCAGAGCUGUCAUCUUGUGGUGUGUUUCUUUUUUUUUCUAGCUCUGUAUAGACUAUUCUUUGUAUUUUUUGUGCAAAUUGUUUUUAAAUUUUUAUUAUUUUAGCAUGUAGAAUAAAAAAAAAUAAUAAGUAAUAUUAAUAAUAUUAUUCAAUAAAAUAAUAAUUUCUGUAUACUAUACUCUCAUACAUAAAAUAUGGAACCUUGUGUGUUAUUCGUGAAUUAUUGGUAAAUAGAUCAACUAGAGUUGGUCUUGUAAUGUGUUAUUUUUUUGUCAAAUUGUCGUUCUCUGUAGUUAAUGGCUUUUCACAAUUGGAAUUUUUAAAUAAAUCUGAGCAUGAUUUA